CAAAAAACAACUCCUGGAAGGCCUUCAGCAUAGAAAAUAAGGGUGUAAUUGAACAGGCUAAAAGCUUAAAAAAACUUCUUCUAAAAGGACAUUUUCAUGAGUGUCUGGCACCAUCUAUAAUUUGGUGUAUGAAGCUGAACAGAAUGGGUGGGGACGUGCUGCUUCAUGGUUCCAACAGGAGAGGCAGCACAAGAGAGCAUCCCUCCCUUCUUGAUUAUAUAUUAGGGAGUACUAUCCUCGCUACCAAAAACCUCCCCUACCCAUAACACUCCCCUCUCGCUGUUUUAUGCCUUUCUCCCUUUAAUCUUCAGUUCCAAACGUCAUGUGAGUGGGAAUCCUGUGCAUCUAGGGAUGGAAGGCAGUUUGUACCGUUCAGGGUGGAAAUUUUGGUGGCACAUUGAGAAAUUUUACAGCCUGGAGGCUCCCUAAGCUUCACUGGUACAGUCAGCUAGAAACGCUUUCCACAUAAAAAUGUUGUAAAAAUUAAAACAUCACAUAAUAAGGUUUUUGCAGUUAAAUAUUUCUUGCUGAUUAUUUAUUUGAUGAGUUUUUUAAAUAUUCGACCGGCUUAUGCAUAAGAAUAAAAAAAUGGCUUCGAAGCAAGGCAAGUCUGCUGCCACCCUGCAGGACAGCUCCCCUGACCUGAGUCUAAAGCUCCGGAGGGGCUCCAGCGAUUCGAGGGACAGCUUUUAUAUGGAUUUUGCUCAGGGCAUCGACUCGGACAUAGAAGAAGUCGCAGCCACCACCUCCGGCUUCAUCCAUCAAGACAUAACGGAUGAUGCUUCGACACCGACUGCAGCAACUGUCAAGGAAGAUGGGCUUUGUUGGACACAAGUUGGAAUAUGCGAACCAGUCCUACUACCAUCGCCUGCUUCACCGAAUGCUGUCAUAGUUAGCCCUGAAACUCUCUCUCAUCAUUCCUCGCCAGUAAGGCAACCUAGGAGCACAUCUAGGGCUACGACUUCAUCGGUUAAACCACACCCUCUCUCGGCAUCAUUCUCUGGUUUCGAUUUCAGGUUACCGCAUCCGGGAUCACAAACAAUGCUUCCAGCGGUUCUUUACCACCCUAACAUUUCAAUGAUGAAAAGACCAUCGAGGAUUGACCAACUUCAGAUAACAUGGAGGAAAAUGGGUGCCCAAGCUUUAGCAACUACGCUUUCUGCUUUGUAUGGCAAACUACUAGUCGUUAUGGGAAUCGCUUUUCCGAUGGCAGAAGUCAUCUCCACGCAUAUUCCACCCUCAUUUUAUGAGGGGUUCUAUUUGUACCUGUAUUUUGGAAGUAUGGCGUUUUUAUUCUACAUGUAUGCCAUGCUUUUGAAAGACGACCCUUCUAAUAAAACACCCCCUCCACCAGAGACUGAACGACCACAAAGGGACACAAUGUCUUCUAGCAGCGGGGAAUGUGAAAGUGGAAGUGCCAGCGGAAGGGACACGAAUCCAAGUUAUACCGAAAGAGAACCAAGCAGACCUGCAAAACCUCAAGUGCCCUUUCAGCAUUAUGGCAGCUUCUAUUUGAGAAUGGGUGCAGUCGCUUUUGGAAUUGGGAGUAUGAUUUACUCAGGAUUGGAAUUUGGCCAAUAUUUUGAACUCGAAAGGAACACUAAAUGUCACAAUGUAUUAUUAGCUCUCACUCCAGCGACCAGAAUGGCUUUCACAUUCAUUCAGAUGUAUUUCAUUUUUUUAAAUGACGAGCAACAAAUGCGAGUGACUAGGCAUAAAGUACUAGCCAGGUUUGGCUUGAUGCAUAUGAUAGGGACAAAUUUAAGCGUAUGGUUGAAUGUGCUUGUCCAAGAAACAAAACACGAAAUCCUGACAUUUUACAAUCCUGAAAAUAACACCAUAGAAGUUCAUGCUAAAGCCAACACACAUAGUAUGUAUAGCAAGCUCACAAUGCAGCAUCAAUCACAUCACAGAGUUACUAGAGGUUUGAUGGGCCCUCAUCACAUCUACGAAUGCAGAAGGACGAAUAUUAUGGGCUCGCUUGUUCAAGACGCCAGUCCAUUUCUUUUCCCAUGCACCAUUGAAUACAGUUUGAUAUGCGCAGCCAUACUUUAUGUCAUGUGGAAAAAUAUAUCGAGAAUUACACCUCCAGUUCAAAGUUCACCAGAGAAGAUGGACAAAGUUCCUCCGUUUCAUUAUAAAAGAUCCCCUCAUCACUACUCCGUAGAUUGUGCUCAGGCACACAAAGGACUUUUCGUCGGCAUACUUGUUUUAGUUCUCACAAUUAUUUCUCUGAUAUUGUUUUUUGUGCUGAUAUCCCGUCCGGAGUUGGUAAGCUUUGCCGUAAUGGAAUUGACGGUCUGUGAACUCUCCCUGUACGCAAUGGCGACAUUUGCAACCAUGAUUGGGAUGAUUCAGGUUAGACAAUUAAAGUACGAUGGAACAAGAAAUCUCGAGUUGGACAACAUCCUCCUGAUAGGAGCACAAACAGGAAUGUUCAUUUACAGCACAUUUACAAUAAUCGGAGGGCAUUUUACUUUGGAAAAGAAUACAAUUCUUGUUUUGGUAACUGCACUGGCCUCUUUGCUUCAGACACUUUGUCAGACCAUGUUCGUUUUAGAUGCGUCCAGGAGAUCUUGUGUCACACCUGAGCAAAUAAGGAAAAAGCCUGGUAGGGAAAUUGUAACUUUUCUCCUUGUCACCAAUUUAGCCAUGUGGGCUAUAAACACUUUGGAAAAGUCCAGAGCAGAAUCUCAUCCGAUUCAACUUCACUUUUACGGGCUGUGGGCAUGGACCAUCAUCACUCAUGUAUCAAUGCCUCUUGCGAUAUUUUACAGAUUUCAUUCAACUGUAUGCCUCUGUGAGAUUUGGAAAAGGGCAUACAAAAUGAAACCUGCGUAUAUGUAAAAAAAUAAUAAUAAUAAAAUAAAAUAAAUACAAACAAGGCAAGUCCUUCAUUGUUGGUCGCUAAUUUUUAUUUAUUAUUAUUAUUUUUUGUAAGAUAUUUUACAUCAUUUCUAGAGAAGUAAUGUCUAUAAUGUAUAUUCUUUUUU